CAACGAGGCGGCGGAGCAGGCAUCCCACCUGACCAGCAGCGUCUGAUUUUUGCGGGCAAACAGCUGGAGGAUGGCCGCACUCUCUCAGACUAUAACAUCCAGAAAGAGUCCACUCUGCACUUGGUGCUUCGUCUGCGAGGUGGUAUCAUUGAGCCUUCCCUCCGCCAGCUUGCCCAGAAGGACAACUGUGACAAGAUGAUCUGCCGCAAGUGUUAUGCUCGCCUGCAUCCUCGUGCUGUCAACUGCCGCAAGAAGAAGUGUGGCCACACCAACAACCUACGCCCCAAGAAGGUCAAAUAAGGGCCUUCCACCACCUCAGCUCACAGGGUGGCCUCCUGCCCAAACCCCUUGGCCCUGGAGCUUCAAUAAAGUUUCCCUUUCGUUGACUGGAGCAGUAAAAAAAAAAAAAA